CAAUUUCCUACUUGACAUUGUGAUUAAAAGAUAAAUGAGUUAUUUGAAAAUUGGAGAAUAAAUAAAUACCGACUUACUUUGUAACAAGGAAUUCUGGUUGUAAAUGCCUAGUUACAGGGUAAAUUUGAAUUAGAGUCAUGUGGAACGUGGAACAAAUAUAGGAAUAUGUAACUAAUAGUUCAAGAAAUUCCCAAAUACUAAAUACCCUUAGAUCAAUGAAAUAAAUCACCUCUUACAAUAUGAAAAUUGAAAAAAAUGAACAGGGGCUAGAAACGAUAAUAAAAGAAGAAGUUGAUGAUAUAACCAAAUAUGAACAUGAUAAAGAAGUUGAAGGGACUCAUGUUGGUGUAACAAUCAAAGUGGAACAAAUAGAAAAUGAAUUGGAAUCAGAACACCAGUAUGAGCAAGAAGAGAUUCAAUUUGAACAUAAUAAGAAGAUCUCUGUUAAUAUAUCGGCAGAAGAACUAGAAUCAGAUGAUGAAAACUUUAAAGAGGAGACUGUACAAGCUGUCAAAAUUGAAGGAACCGAAAAUAAGGAUACUGAAAAAAAUAUACCACUCACUCAUAGAGAUUCAUAUGAACAAGAUGAAAUCAACUGGGGAGAUUAUCAGUCAACAUCAUUCAAGUGCACAUGCUCGACUCAGCCUGGAGAAGAGCCCUGCGAGUUUUGUUCCUAUGGUAUCAAACAAAAAAAACUGGAGCUCAAAAGAAACUAUGCCUGCAGUUAUUGUCCAAAAAGGUUUGUACAGAAAAUGGUUCUGGUGAAGCACGAAAGAAUCCAUACUGGAGAGAAACCUUUCCAAUGUGAAGUGUGUAAAAAAAGUUUUGCCCAGAAGGUUUCUUUGACGACUCACGAGAGAACACAUACUGGCGAGAAGCCAUACACUUGUGAGGUUUGUUCAAAGAGUUUUUGCCAAAAGGGAGCUUUGGUGGCGCAUUCAAGAAUCCAUACAGGUGAGAAACCCUACCAAUGCAAUGUGUGUCUGAGGAGUUUUUCGAGAAAGGAACACUUAGCGACACAUGAAAAAAUACAUUCCGGAGAGAGGCGCUACCAAUGCCCUGUGUGUUUGAGGAGUUUCACUGAGAAGGGUUCACUCACGAAACAUGAACGUAUCCACACAGGCGAAAAACCUUAUGGAUGCACAAUGUGUUCGAAAAGCUUUGCUCAAAGGGUGUCGCUCGUAGCACAUGAAAGAACCCAUACUGGGGCGAAGCCGUACCAGUGCAAGUAUUGUUCAAAGAAUUUCUCGCAAAAAGGAGUUUUGAUAAAGCAUGAAAGGACUCAUACAGGUGAGAAGCCUUACCAGUGCCGGGUGUGCCUCAAGACCUUCACAAGAAAGGACCAUCUGGUAGGUCACGAACUAGGCCACACAGGCGAGAAGCCUUUUCCCUGCAAGAUAUGCCCCAGCAGCUUCACUAAACGGUGCGACCUAGAGAGGCAUGUGAUAAUCCAUAGCGGCAUGAAACCCUAUAAGUGUGAUCUGUGUUCAGCGAGUUACUCGAGAAAGGACAGUUUGACACAGCACGAGAGGACGCAUACUGGGGAGAAACCUUUUGAAUGCAAGACGUGUCCCAAAAAGUUUUCCAGUAGAACUAAUUUGACAAAGCACGAACGGGUGCACACAGGGGAAAAGCCCUACGAGUGCAAGGUUUGUUUCAGACGAUUCACUCAGCAAAGUAAUUUGAUUUGUCAUAGGAAAACUCAUAUUGUUAAUCACAGUUCCGCAUUCAAAGUGGAGGUCGAGGAUGUGGUGAAAACGGAACCUAGUGAAUAAAAUUGUCGGCACAGUUAUUAGAUAAUUGCUCUCUUAAUUCAUUUUUCCAAACUGGUAUAUGAAUCAAGUAUGUACUCUCAUCUGUGGAGAACAGUGAAGAAAAAAUUAUGUAAUUUAAAUAUUGGAAACGAUUGAUUCGUUUGUAUAAAUAAAAAUGAUAGUUAUGAAUAGAA